AUGUCCUGGGUGCAGCAAUGUGUUGUCGGCGGGAUCGAACGGAUAACGACGGACCUGUCCACUCAGGCCUUGCUAAAAGUCGCUCCUUCAUCCUGUUCCUCAAACUCAAAGACUUCUUUCUUCAGCGUUCCCCUCCUAUCCUGCGAGACAUGUGAAGGUGCGAAGAUCGCAUCCAGCGAUGGCUAUGGGUGCGUCUGCCCUCCCAACUAUAGGUCCGACCCAACCAGCACUUCUCUCUGUCUUGACUGCGCAGCUUCGGGCUUGGUCCUGUCGCAAGAUGGGAACACGUGCGGCAGAUGUUCAGCAUCAGUGACUGUGAACGUCUCGAGUGUGCUUGCGGCAUCUUGCUACAACUCCACUAGACCGACCAGCGCUGGAGGGAAGUGUACUUGCCCGACGGGCUACAUCAUCACGGACUACAACAGCAGUGGGUUGGUAUCUGAGACAGGGAAAUCUUGCUUGCUGUGUCCCCUGAAUACCUAUGUCGCAUCCAGCAAUCCAUACGUUUGUGUGCAAUGCCCGGAUGUGCACAUGUAUCGAGACUCUAACAGCGGGAGCUGCACAUGUAAAGCUGGUUACGUCCGAGAUUCGAAUGUGAUUGCAGGAACAAUAGCGCAGGACAUUCCAUUUGUCGGCCUCAAUGUCUGCUUGCAAAGCAGUCAAGUAAGCCAAGUGAAGUAUACACCUUCUCAAUACGGACAGCAGACCUUCAAUGAUGUAAUUGAUGUGGAUGGAUCGAUCACCACAUCAAUGAGUGUAGCAAAAAGUCAGCCAUUUCUCAAAUAUUUCUUGCAAGCCGCAGUCCAGUGCCAGAAUAAUCAGAAAUGGGAGGCUUGUCAAACGUUAGCAAACCUGUGCACUUUGCAAUUGUUUGACACCACUGCACCAUCGUGUGCCACUUUUCAGACCUAUGUAAGCGCAUCUACUAUAAGCAAGGUGCAUGGUUUCAAUGGAUGGCAAGCCUACUAUCCAUGGCUGUUUUAUGAGGACACAUCUCGAACUGUUUUGCUUGAUACAGCAAUCAAUCGGCAAGUUGCUUUGUCCGGGCCGCUUUCGUUUCUCAACAUUACAUUAUCGGUAUAUGCUUUGAACGGCACUUUUCUUGGGUUUCAGGAUUUGACUUCUCAACUUCUACUUUGCAAAGGGGAUGAGAGAAUAGCUUUGGAAUUUACGAGGAUUGGUAAUAAUGACUACAAGGACUGUACCAUCGACCUUUUGAAUGUUAUCAAUACAUAUGGGGAGCCUGUAUUUUAUGAGGCUUGGGUGGAUGAUGCUUAUGACAAGCUGGGAAAUUUGAGGACUGACGGAAUUCACCUUUUCCCAAUACCAAUUGUGAUCACAAAUUACCAAGAGGGAUCCACCAAGCCUAAUCAAGCUGUGUUAUCGGGAACUUCGGUGUGGGAUCUCCUCGAUACAGUCGUGCUACACAGACGGUUCUUUUUGUGGGAUAACUUGAGCGGGAAGAAAAUCCCUGAUACAACAACAACCCAAAGUUCGGCAGGAUCCACCUCGAAUAUGGUGGUUGUGCGGUGGGCUAAGCAAAUCCAGCUCAGGGUUAGGCUCCAGCAAGACAAUCCCUCGACCACCGUUGACGAAGCAAUGAGGAUAUACCCUCCUGUCUUGGUCAUCCAGUAUCAGCAACAGGUCACAUCUACCAUUCCUCAAGGCUAUAUUUCCAAAACAUCUGCAGGCCAGUCUUUGAGAUACCCCAAGGUUUCCUUCUCAUCAACAUACUCAAAAGACUUGUCCUCUUACUGGAGAACGAUGAUGAUUUUGUUCAUCGUCUACAAUAUUGUAAUGGUGAUAUACCUUGGUCUCAAGUUCUCGAUUCGAAACCAAUCGACUUCUGUGACCUUGUCUGGAAUGGCGUCGGAUGUGGUUGGUGUUGUUGGAGAUUUCUACUUUUGGUGGCUAGUGGUCAUGACCGCGUAUUGGUUCUGCUUUUACAAACUCCAGGCGGUGGUCAAGGAAAUGUUGCCUACAGACAACCCCCCUCUGGAGUAUCUCUCGAUUGUCAUUGCUGCUGUUGUUUGCAAAGUGUUGCAGAUUGGUUUACUGAUAUACGAGCAAUGCAAUGUGGACAUUUUCUUCAUCGACUGGGAGAAGGAACGAACGUCGGAUAGAACAAGCAGCACUAACCCGGGUGAAGCAGCUGAACUUCCGAAUGUCAGUGUCUGGAGGACAAUCUUCAUGGCAAAUGAGUGGUGUGAGAUGCAAGAAUGUCGUCAUACAAGCAUUGAGUUCACGCUCAUGUUUGUGCUGUUUUUCAUGGCAGGUCUAAAUCUCCAGAACCUUGACUCUCCACAGCCCGAUGUGCAAAACCUGAGCACCACGCAACCUAAUAUUGCCCUGCGAUUCUUUGUCUACUUCAUUUGGUAUGCUAUCGUCGUCAUCUUCCAGGUAGAUUUGCAUUUAUACGAAUGUGCUAGCGAGUCCGGUCGCUUGACGAUUGCAACUCUGCAGCUAGUUGUAGUGAAGUUGAUGUAUCACUUCCUUCAGGACCCGCUCGACACUUUUGCUGACCUCUGUCAGCUUUCAAACAUCUCAACUUUCAUCCUGGACGAAUAUCUCCACGGAUAUUAUAUACACGGUCGAUCGGUCCACGCUCACACGGACGUGAACAUGCUGAAGAUGCAAACGAAUUUCGAGGAGGAAAAUCAAGGGAAAGCACCAUCAAGGGGGUUGACGAACAAGAGCCAGGAGGAGCUGCGGGGGAAUUCGGACCAGGUCUUUGAGAUGUACAUCACCGACAAGCUAAGGGAAAACUACCAGCAGAAGCGGAGCUCAUUUUUCCCCACUGGAGGCGUUGCAGCUCGAGGAGGAAGGACCGCAGACCAGCGCAACCGUGUCGUCACCAUGUGCAAGGCCCACCAUCAGAUCAACGAGUACCUCCAGGUCAACUUCGUCGGUGACAUCGAGGCCCCCGACAGCAAGUGUGAGAUCCUUGAACCAAGCCUAGCUCACAAGAUCUUCGGCUUCCCCCCCCGCACUGUGCGCGAGCACACGGUGCUGCUCCGGGACAACAACAACAACUUCUCUCGGGUCCUCCUGUACGGCAUCGAGUGGCAGCUGCUCAUUUUUGACUUCCUCGUCCUCAUAACGUGGGACCUCAUCUUCCAGAAUGUAUAUUUCGCUGCUCUCUUCACGUACGGGACGUCGAUGGUUGUGGUGAAGCUGAGGUCUCACUUUGGCAGCAAGAAUGUGGCCAUCAAGACGCUGGUCGAUGAGAGAUUCUUGAUAUGACGUGUACUUUGCUCUAACGAUAAACAUAAUGUGACAUGU